UUUUCUUUCUUAUUCUAUAACAGUCGUAUUGUUUGCUUGAUGAUGCUUUAAUUUUAUUUUUAAAUGCUGAUCUUUAAGUAUAUUUGAAACUUAAAUUAAGGCUUCUCUUUGUGUCAAUUAUUUCUGGUGUCAAUCUUUCCAGCGCUAAAUAACAACAUCAUUAGAAGAGAAAGAAAGAAAGAAAGAAAGUGCACUAAUAGGGUAGCUGAGGUUAAUUAUAUUAACGUGUACUUUACUGCAGUUGGAAUAUGUCUGAACUUCGAUCCUGCUCUUUAAUGAUGUCAUGCCGUUAAUAAGAUUAAUUAAUGUUCUUAUUGGAGGGUUCAUUUGCAUACUGUUGUUAAAACAAUGAAUAUCACAUGAGAGCGCAGUGCUGUGUGAAUCAGAGUGAAAGUAGCGGGUUGAGUUUGGAGGCGAGAGGUGAGGAAGGUCAGGAGAUCAGCGGCUUCUCGAUCGGAUUAAGUCGUUAGACCGACAGAUGGACAAACGACACGCUGCGGAUGGAGGAGGGGGCUGCUGAUUUUAAACUGGGAGGCUUUAAUAAGAACCAAUCAGCACUUUUUUGGUGCAAAUCGAUUCGUUUUUAUUCAAUAAUUAUUUCAUCUGAUUUCUACCUGAGCGUAUCUGGUCACAUGACAGCUAAGGAUCUACGAGGACAAAAGAUGUUUUCUUUCACCUUCCCCUUCACCUUUCGUAACUUACGUAACAGCAGAUACGCUCAUGUACAUGUGACCUGACGAACGGCUAUGGCAGAUUAGCAUCAAAGUGACGGUGUGGAGAGAGGAAGCUCCGCCCACUCUCACUUACUGUAAAUAUACAGGUCAGGUGUCUAAUACUUAAAAAACUUGAUUUCAUUAUUAAACAACUAACACGAGUCCUAACGAAUCAGUUUGAGGUAGAAACCAUCAGAGACCGCUUCAGUACUGUUUGGAACAUCUUAAAGACGUCAUCAACAGUGUGUCAUUCAAAUGAGAAGGUAAAAUAAAAACACCCAAAAUGCUCUGAACAAUCGUCCUGAUUAAAAAAAGUAUUCAGUCGCUACCGCUACGUUUGGGUUCCAUUAUGUAAGUAUGGUUUAUUCCUCAGCACACGAAAUCAAAUGAAAGGCAACAUUUUUAUUUCAUUUAUUUAUUUUUUGGAAACUAGUGUCAGGUGUGACUUUUCAAAAUGCUUAUUAUCUUUUCAUCCGAUCUGCAGCUUUUUAUUUAAGCGUUGGCUGAAAAGACUGUCGAAGGUAACGCUAACUCUGAUGCUAAGCAGUCAUUGGACAGGAAAUGAAAAUAAGGCGGGGCUUGGGAUAAAUCCAUGAUGUUUCCGUCUUGAACUCUGGCCUCUGUGGAUGUGAUGUCAUCAGGAUUUGUAACUACGAUCCGAGGACAGGGUGAAAUCACAGCAAGUUGCAUCACUCAGGUGUUACUGUCCCUGUUUUUUAAGUUUUUUCAGUCUGAUUGUUUAUUUAGACCCUAGCUCCUGGGUUUAAAUCAAGCUUGGAGAAUUCCACAGGUGGAGCCAUUCAGACCUUUUGGAAUAUAAAUGGCUACUGUAUAUAACGCUGUUCUCUCACAUAACCUUAUUACUUAUAAAGAUAUAAUGAACAAUACUGCUAGAGACUCUAGACUAGGUAGAAAUAAAAAUCUCACCUCGACUUCAACAUCCAAGCUGAAAUUCUUUUCUUUCUCUUGCAGAUCUUAUUAUGGGGAAACCAUUAGAGGAUCUUACCCCAGUGUGGAAUCAGGGAGUGUGUCCUUCCUAUCAUGUUUAAUUGUGGGCGGAGCCAUGCCUGCCACUCCACAGCUCUGAGACAGCCCAUCGGACCACCGAGUCAUCCAUCAGCCAUGGUCACCAUGGUUUCAGCCAAACAGCAUCCAAGAAGGCAUCGUGUGAGGAGGAAAUUUCGUGCAUCCCGGAUCCUUGGGUUCGUGCUGAGCUUGUUCGCAUUCUCUCUGCUCCUGUGUUGGAGUGCCUUCAGAGGAAGAGAUGAGUCUCAGCACCACAGAACUCCACGCUCCACCCAGCAGGAAGUAGUGGAUGUUACCACAGCGAUGCCAUUGGUCCUAGAGAACCAUGGAGAUUAUCCUGAGGAUUUUUUCUCUCUGGAGGAAAGGCGUCAGGGCGCCGUGGUGCUGCACAUAUUUGGGAUGCUGUAUAUGUUCAUCGCGCUGGCCAUUGUGUGUGACGAGUUCUUUGUCCCAGCGCUUACUGUCAUCACGGAGAAACUGCAGAUCUCAGAUGAUGUCGCAGGUGCCACCUUUAUGGCAGCUGGAGGCUCUGCUCCUGAGCUCUUCACAUCUUUCAUUGGUGUGUUCAUCUCACACAGCAAUGUUGGGAUCGGCACCAUUGUAGGUUCUGCCGUCUUCAACAUCCUGUUUGUGAUCGGCAUGUGUGCACUGUUCUCACGUGAGAUACUCAACCUCACUUGGUGGCCACUCUUUCGUGAUGUCUCCUUCUACAUCAUGGACCUCAUUAUGCUCAUCUUCUUCUUCUUGGACAAUUAUAUCACCUACCUGGAGAGCAUGGCUCUGCUCGGAGGUUACGGUUCCUACGUGCUAUUCAUGAAAUUCAACGCCUCUGUGGAGGAGCUCAUCAAGAAACUGCUUACCUGGAACCAGGUGAAUGAAGUGGAGGCUGUGCCCAAGGCUGACAACGCUGGAGGUGAUGGAAACAAACUCUCGGCCAAGCCCCACCUUCAGCGAGGUGUAAGCUCCGCCUCUCUGCACAACUCACUGAUGAGGAACAGCAUCUUCCAGCUCAUGAUCCACACACUCGACCCACUCAGUGAAGGGAGAUUCAAGGACAAAGCUUCCAUUCUGCACAAGAUGGCAAGAAAAAAGGGAGAAGAUGAAAUGAAUGGCAUUGUGGAUAAGAAAUUCCACAAAAGUAAGAGUGUGGAGGUGGAAGUCACUCCGCCAAUGAACGGCAGCAUAGCACAGGGUGAGGAAGAGGAGGAGGAUGAAGACCAGCCUCUCAGCUUAGCGUGGCCGGAGACAAGACAGAAGCAAGUGAUGUACCUCUUCAUUUUUCCUAUUGUCUUCCCACUGUGGCUCACGCUGCCCGACGUCCGCAGAGAUACUUCAAAGAGGUUCUUUCCCAUGACAUUUCUGGGAUCCAUCAGUUGGAUUGCUGUCUUCUCUUAUUUGAUGGUGUGGUGGGCUCAUCAGGUCGGGGAGACUAUCGGCAUUACGGAGGAGAUCAUGGGGCUGACGAUUCUCGCAGCAGGAACGUCCAUUCCAGAUCUCAUCACCAGCGUCAUUGUGGCCAGGAAAGGUUUAGGAGACAUGGCCGUGUCGAGCUCCGUGGGUUCCAACAUAUUUGACAUCACAGUGGGUUUGCCCUUCCCGUGGCUGCUCUACUCUGCAUUUCACAACCUGAAGCCAGUGGCAGUGAGCAGUAACGGCCUGUUCUGCGCCAUCGUCUUGCUCUUCCUCAUGCUCAUCUUCGUCAUCGUCUCCAUCGCCGUGUGUAAGUGGAGAAUGAGCAAGCUGCUCGGCUUCUUGAUGUUCGUGCUGUACUUCGUUUUCCUCGUGGUCAGCGUCAUGCUGGAGGACAAGAUCAUCACCUGCCCCGUCUCCAUCUGAGGAGCCUCAGGGGAACGUGUGGUGCCAAGCAGAACCUGGAGAUACAACACGCACCCUGGCUCUGUCUCUGAGGGGCUUCGUGACAACAUGUACAAAGAAAUAUGAGAAACUACAAAAAACACCUACACAAAUACACGAAAAGCAUAGAGCCCCUUCAGAAGCCACUGAGAAACCCCACGGAGACCAUGAAUAACAAAAAGUUACAGUCACAGAUAAGGCAUGGACGACAGAAACUACACAGGAAAUGACAGAAACUACACAGGAAAUGACAGACACUACACAGGAAAUGACACAGAAGAGUACAGAGUAACUACACAGUAAACUAUACAGAGAUUACACACAACACUUGAACGGAGCUGUUUGUCAUUUGCACAAUCACACAGUCACUAUACAGAACCGAAACAGAACCAUAGCGUAAACUCCACAGACAAUUCAAGCAGAGCUACACAUCACGGAGGAACCCAGCAGGACCAGUGCAUCAUGGGAUGUUAAAAAACACCACAUCAUUUUACUAGCAAAUUAUUUUUGGUUAACGUUUCCAGGGAGAUUAAGACGCCGAUGUUCACGGCAGGUUUAAACUGGUUUAACGUGGGAAAUGAAGAAGAUGGACGUGUGGACUACUGAGAGACACUGCAUAGGAAGAAGGACGAGAAACUUUCACUCCUCAGGGAUUCAGGCUUCAGGACUGAAUAAAAACACGCCUGAACACUGUAGGCGGGGCAACUGAAGCAUUUCCUUCCACUGUAACGGUGGAGAUUAAUGAUUUGUUUUGUGUAUACUGUAUUAUUUAAACAUGGCUGAUUUAAUGCCGUUUGUUAGUCAAUAGAGAUCAGAUUUGUAGAACAACACAAGUGAUAGAUGUGACGAUGUUUAAUAUUUAUAUCAUAUCAUUUUACAAACACUGCCCCCCAAUGCUGCCUACGGUAUUUUCGAAUAUAACACAUCAUUCUGUCAAACCAAACACAAUAUCACACACAGACAUCUAAAAGGAUACACCGGGCAUACCCGCAACUUCUGGUGUCAACUUGAUGUCGUACAAGUUGUUGCUACUGCGCAAGAACCCAAACGUAUAACUGUUCCUACUUGUUCUUCAUGCAGUUAGGCACAGUUAAUGGGAAAAAUAUGGAAAAUGAUAUAAUGAUAUAACAUGAUAGCUCUGUUCUACCCAUUUUAGUAAUGGGGUAUAGCUAAUAUCAUUUGUAGUACAUACAUCAAUCAGGCAUAACAUUAUGACCACCUGCCUAAUAUUGUUUUGGUCUCCCUCUUGCUGCCAAAACAGCCCUGACCCGUCCUGCACUGUGUAUUCUGACCCCUUUCUAUCAGAACCAGCAUUAACUUCUUCAGCAAUUUGAGCAACAGUAGCUCGUCUGUUGGAUCGGAUCACACGGGCCAGCCUUCAAUACCCACGUGCAUCAUUGAGCCUGUCACCGGUUCACCACUGUUCCUUCCUUGGAGCACUUUUGAUAGAUACUGACCACUGCAGACCGGGAACACCCCACAAGAGCUGCAGUUUUGGAGAUGCUCUGAUCCAGUGGUCUAGCCAUCACAAUUUGGCCCUUCAUCAAACUCGCUCAAAUCCUUACACUUGUCCAUUUUUCCUGCUUCUAACAUCAACUUUGAGGACAAAAUGUUGACUUGCUGCCUAAUAUAUCCCCCCCACUAACCCACUGCUCAGAGUGUUAUGCCUGAUCGGUGUAUUUCUUGUAAUUCUAAUAUGUAGGAAGUAACACCUUCGUUCUGAAAGUAAUAUUUCACAUAUUACAACACGCUCGGUGAGAAAAUAUAUUCUGUGUACGGUACCUAAGAAACCUUCCAAUCGAUCACAUGUGCAUUUCUGUAAUUGUCACAAUUAAUGGCGAAACAUUGAGAGCCAGAGCUUCUCCACUGCUUUCUUUGUGUUUUUUCAUGAGUGGGUGAACUAUGGAUUCCAAACAGCCAUUUAUAUCAAUAAAAGAGACUGAAAAUUUGAUAGCAUGCAGCCUUUCUCUCGGCGGCUAGCAACAACCAAAUAUGGCGUCAUGAUGUCACCGCACCAGCCAACAGGAGCAGCGUAUGUGUCCGGGCCAACCUUUUAGAUGUCUAUAUCACAUUUUCUCACUACAUUUUAUAUUUCCUCAUUAGUUCAUCAUCCUCAUCUAUACCCAUCCAUGGCAUUUAACGAUAUUUUAUUUACUUUAUUUAAUGUAUUUACGCUGCAGUAAUCAAGGUCUCAUGCUAAUCUUUUAAUGUUCAUCAAUGUAAUAAAUUUCUGCGUGUAUUGUAGUUCACCUUCUGGACCUUAGAAACCGAAUCAUUGUCACUGUUUGGUCUUUAAAGUUAACUUGUCAGGGUUAGAGCUGAAAAGAAUGCUAACAUUAACGUAUUACCAUUACAGCAUGACCUUUGUAUUACCAACAAAUGAGGAUUUCUAAAAUACUAAAUGUAAAGAAUUUUUUAGGACAUAUUCUAUAUUAUAUAUUCAGCAUUUUGGGGAUAUAUAUUCUGUUUAUUUGUGAGGUUUACUUCAGUGAAUUCCUCAGAAAACUCCUGUAUCUGUUUCUCACACCAUGUUAUAUAUGAACGCUGACAGAAAUAAUAAA